AAGGGGAAAGAUAGUAAAUUCUCUAUCUUGUCAAAUAUAUGAAACUUGUAAUGUUACAUUAAUAUAGGCAGAGCCAAAUUAACUCGAACACUAGUCGUCUCUCUUUUACUUGUUCCACCGGAAGAAAGGGGCUAAUGGAUUUGGUUGUUACUUGUAUAUCUGAAGGCAAGGAGAGCUCUUUGUGCAUUAAAAGGGCUUGUAAAAUUGCAAGCUUUAGUAAGGGGUCACAAUGUGCGGAAGCAAGCGAAGAUGACCCUGAGAUGCAUGCAAGCUCUUGUUCGAGUACAGGCUCAGGUCCUUGACCAAUGCAAGAGGCAAUCAAGCGAAGGAAGCAGAAAAUCGACAUUUAGCAAAACCAAUAGGUUAGAAUCAAGGUGCCUCCAAGAUAUGUCUCUCUCUGACAGGAGAUCCAUGUCAAGGGAUGGAAGCAGCAUUCCAGAAAAUUGGGAUGACCGUCCACAUAACAUUGAUGAGUUAAAAGCAAUGUUACAGAAUAGAAAAGAAGCUGCCCUGAGGCACGAAAGAAAUUUAUCACAAGCCUUGCCUGAACAGAUGUGGAGAGGUGGUAGGAAUACAUCAUUAUGCAGUGAAAAUGAGCUUGGUGAAAAAUACCAGUGGCUGGACAGUUGGAUGGCAACAAAGCCAUGGGAUGGUAGAGGAAGAACCUCAACUGAUCAAAGCGACUAUGUUAAGACCGUGGAAAUUUACGAUACUCUACAGCCUUAUUCAUAUUUAGCUCCCAAUUACCGAAUGUCGAGUGCUCAGCAUCAGCAAAGACCAAGUUACCCUCUUCACCGACCAGGAGCUGCCCACCAAAUGUAUUCCCCUGUUACACCUUCACCAUCUAAAACAAGACCUAAAGUCCGUUCUGCUAGUCCUCAUUGUGCAAGAGAAGAAAGAAGCUAUCACAUGGCUCAAACUCCAAGCAAUGGGUCAGAUUAUUCCUAUGAUAGUGGUGGGCGUUUGCAUCCACACAAUAAGCCUAAGGACACUACACAUUCGACUGGUACUGGUUGUGCAAUGCCUAAUUACAUGGCUGCAACUGAGUCUGCCAAGUCAAGGAUUCGGUCACAGAGUGCUCCAAGACACAGGCCGUCAACACCAGAGAGGGAAAGAAAGGGAGCCAAAAAGCGCUUAUCAUACCCAGUCCCUGUCUCAGACCCUUACAGUUAUAAUGCAGGUAAUAGCUAUGGAAAUUACGGGGGUCAUAACUUGAGAAGUCCAAGCUUUGAGAGUGUAACUAGCGGAGUACAUCUGGCAGGGUUUGAACAACAAUCCCACUAUUCUUCAUGCUAUACAGAGAGUCUUCCAGGUGAGGUUUCUCCAUCUUCAACCAGCGACCUUAGGAGAUCAUGGUUGAGAUGAAUAAGCCCGAGUAUGAUUAUGCACCAAUCAUUUUAGCAAUGUGUGUAGAUUUCUUAUGUUCUUAAGCCUCUAGUUCAAAAUUCUGGUCGUAAUUUGGUCGAUUUGAAUAAAUAUGAUAUUUGUACCACUCAACAUUAUGUUUAACUCUCAGCCCCUGAGAAUUGAUGUAACAAUAACACCAUAUUUUCCCUCAAUUUUAGUAAAAUAUUUUUAGAUUA